AAUGUCCUAUCCAAUUGAAGAAAGUGGUGCUGUUGAUAUAGAUGUUAAUAUAGAUCAAUAUGAUGAUAUAGGUUUUGGGAGGUGGCAAAACACUUGUCUGUUAUUGGCAACUACCAUCUGGUAUGCUGGGCUUUUCGCAGUUUCAGCUGUUAGACUGAUGUUUCAGCUGUCAGACUGUGAAUUAUGACAGAGCAUUUGGUCACAUAUAAAACCUGAAUCUUGCUGUGGCACAAAGAUCAUUGCAUGAAGACAGUUGGGUCCAAUCAUGAUAUUGAUAUCGUACGUUUACAAUAUUACCGAAGGCGUGUGUUGGUGGAUGACUCGGCCUCAAAUGAAGAGGAGGGUUGCGAUCCACAAACUUUAAACACGAAGAUGAAGAACUGGCAGGAUGUAAGCCUAUCAACGAAAGUUGGCAAUAUUUUGCCAUUAUUAAGCUAUCCUGACCAAGAGCUUAGCGCUUACAUGACAAGUUAUAAACGAAUAGUGUUUAUCAACUUGAACGAUAUAAUGCUAUUUGAGUUCUUGAAGCCGGGAGAUCUACCGCUUCAUACAUUCGUUUUUGGGUGGAUACAAGCUUGCCCGGGAUUUUCGUACGAGUACGAAUUUUUUUAUAAGAGGUUCCCCUCUUUUAAUUGCCUGAACAAUGCCGGCAGUGUUUCGAUGAUAUCAGAAAUGGGGAACAACUCUGUUAAUUCGAUGCUAGCCCAAUGCUGCAUCAAAAUGGAUUCCUUACUGGACAAGGGCGUACCAUUUUACAUUGUGACCAAGGAUGAGGCAGCCUUUGGCAGAAUGCAAAGAACAAAUGAUCGACUGAUCAGAAUCAUCCAUCCACGCAGAUGGCAAAAUGGACAGUAAAAAGCUCAUAAUCAAAAACUUUCACAUUAUGAGAAUCCAUUGUUUAAAAUAUGAGCGAUUAAAGAGCUGGAAAUCAUAUGAUUCUUGAAGUGAACUUGAUUGUAGUAAGCUGUUUUAUUGUGAGCCCUACCGAUGGUAGAAUGAUGCAGUCAUGGAUGCUUAACUCACUUAACUGAUGCACUUUGUAUAACAAGAAAAUUUAUUAGCUCGGCUAUGACAUCAGUUAACAAGGAAUUAAAGUCUAAGUCAGCAUCUAAUAGCCACAAUGCAGUUUGAUAUCAUAAAGCAAAUAAAAUAAAAUAAUUUUACACAGGCUAGCUAACAUGCUCACUUAAAAUGAAUAAGCUUUGUUAAAGUUUAACCACAUACUGAUUCAAUAAUAAAAGCACAAACCAAGUCAUUUUCUCCAUCAAACCGAAACAAGGGACAUGUUUAUCACAUUAUAGGCUCUUUUCAAGUUGAGCUGAAGAAUAAAUGUUCAGGAUAGUAGUUUAGUCUAGAGGGAAAUGGCUGUUCAAUUUACCAUACAGGAUGAUUAGUUAGAGGGAAAUGGCUGUUCCACUUACCAUACAGGAUGUUUAGUCUAGAGGGAAAUGGCUGUUCCACUUACCAUACAGGAUGUUUAGUUAGAGGAAAUGGCUGUUCCACUUACCACGCAGGAUGUUUAGUCUAGAGGGAAAUGGCUGUUCCACUUAUCAUGCAGGAUGUUUAGUCUAGAGGGAAAUGGCUGCUCCACUUACCAUGCAGGAUGUUUAGUUAGAGGGAAAUGGCUGUUCUCUUACCACUCAGGAUGUUAAGUCUAGAGGGAAAUGGCUGUUCCACUUACCAUACAGGAUGUUUAGUCUAGAGGGAAAUGGCUGUUCCACUUACCAUGCAGGAUGUUUAGUUUAGAGGGAAAUGGCUGUUCCACUUACCAUGCAGGAUGUUUAGUUUAGAGGGAAAUGGCUGUUCCACUUACCAUGCAGGAUGUUUAGUUAGAGGGAAAUGACUGUUCCAUUUACCAUGCAGGAUGUUAAGUCUAGAGGGAAAGGCUGUUCCAUUUACCAUACAGGAUGUUUAGUUAGAGGGAAAGGCUGUUCCAUUUACCAUACAGGAUGUUUAGUCUAGAGGGAAAGGCUGUUCCAUUUACCAUGCAGGAUGUUAAGUCUAGAGGGAAAAAUCUGAUCCAAUUGUCAAACAUCGAUUUUUUAGAAAACUAAAGGAGCAAAAAAAAAAUCUAACAAAUAAAUGGAGAUUGUAACCACAGCCUGCCAAAUGUCACACUAGUUCGCUAAUUUAUAAAAUGUAGAAUUGCCUGAGGCAACCAACUAUGGGAGGGUGGGUGAAGGAGGGGAAUACAUGAGAAAAUUAAGUAUUUUAAAUUGUAGAUAAUUAAUUUUGCUUUUUUUCUAAAUUUCUUUCCGUUUCCCUCAAUCUGAGGGAAACAAACUAGGGAACAAGGCUUAGAAGGCAUUCUUUCAGGUCUCGGAGUCGGCAAAAAGCUUCAAGAAAGAAAGUUACUUUGCAUUUUAAAAAUUAAACAAAAAAUGUAGAAAAAGAAAAAGAAAAAAAGAAAAAAAAAAGAAAAAAAAAAAGAAAAAGAAAAAAAAAAAAGAAAAAGAAAAGAAAAAAAAAAGAAAAAAAAAAAAAAAAAAAAUAAUAGCAAAAAAAAAAAAAAAAAAAAAAAAAUUACGAAAGAGGAAAAAAAAGCAGAAAAAAGAAGAGAAAUAAAAAAUGUUAAAUAUUUAUAUAAUAAGAUGUAUGUGCAAAACUAUCAAAUUACUUACAUAAAAAACCAACCUUUUUUAAUCACAUCUGUAAAAGUUGACAAUAAAUUAAAGUGUAAGUAGACAUAUUUCAAUUAUUUUUUAAUUGUCUAGAUAUAUUUGGGACAGAAAUGGGGUUAAAAAAACAACCAAUUAGCAUGAGUUUUUUGAAAGAUUUGCACAUCAAUGAAUUUUUGUUGUUGAUUUAAUAUUGUUGUUGUGAGUGUGAAGUUAGACAACUUGCAAAGCCACAUGUUUAUACUUGGCCUACCUACAUCUUGCAGCUCAUUCGUCCAAAGAGAAAAGCAGGCUGAAAUCGGACUCAACGGCUUAUAUGGGGCAUAACCAGUUGACAAGUAUACUUUUGUUUGAGGGGAUCCCUUCCAACGCUAAAAUUAAGAACGAAGAAGAAGAUUCCGUCACUCAAUAAUUUCUUUCACAUAAUGCACUCGCUUAGCAGCUAUAUUUAAUUCUAUCCAUACAGACACAGUAUGUAAACAACUUACAUUUGUAUUGAGGAAUGGAGACUUUCGUGCUAAAACUAAAGCGAAGUACACAAUUAUUCCAAACUUAUUAUUUUUCCCCCAUUAAUACAGCUGCAAUAAGUUGACCUGAAAAAUUGCUGCUUUAAUAAGGUCGCUUCAUUAGGAAGUGGGUAGUGGGAUGAGCUCCCCCUGGAUCCUAAGAGAGGACAGGGACUGUUGGUAUUGUUAAAAAACUGUUUGCCAGAUAGUGAGAAGCCAUUCUUCAAAGUGCUAUUUAACGUAUCAACGCGACUAAAAUCACUAAAAAGAAUUCGAAUGUUCAGUUUUUAAUUAAAAUAAAACCGUAGCUUAUUGUAUGACAAAGUUCAGAAUUUAAAUUUAAAAUAUUCGAUUCAUCACCCUAUUUAUGUUUAGUUUUAUGCGAAAUGUCGCGGCUGAUGAAUAGAAUUUAGUUUUUGUACAUUCAAACUGUUGAGGCCGUGAUCUAGGCUAGGAGGUAAUAGACCAUGUCUAUUUUACAAGCUCUUAUUUAACUGUCGUCAUAGAUCAAAACUUUAAUUCUAGUAAAAAUAUUCAAUACAUAAUAUAGCGACCCAUGUUUUUUUCUCUAAUUAUUAAAAUAAUAGUAUUCAAUAUUUAAAGAAAAUCGUUUAUUUUCCUCUUCUCAGUGCAUAAUGACAUGAAAGCUUGUUGUUAAAACGUUUUUUAUAUAUUUAAAAAAUACGCUCUACAGAAUUGAUAAAAACUGGUUACUUCCGCGCUGUCAAAAUAAGUCAUGAUAAUGAUUGCACCUUGCUUUGUUUAGCGUUUAUUGGAAACAACUUCAACCAGCCAUUGUAAUUAUUUUCAUGUACAAAACACAGCUCAAUGUCAGGUUUGACGUGAUUAAGGUCAUUAAUGCAUGACUCUGUAGAUUCUGGCAUUUAGUUUGUUAGCAUUGAGCUCGGGUUUAUUAAUUAAA